CUCUUCCUGUCCCUCCCGGUGCCCACACGACUCACACACACACUGCUGGUCAACGCAGUCUUCCUAAACCGAUCGCCACGAGUGGUCCAAAACGGCGUUUCCAUCGAGUCGUUGGCCACAAUCCGUGAAUUGCGGGACAAAAUUAGUCGACUUUUAAAAAUUCCCGAAAAACAGUUGGUUUUGUUACUAAUCGGUCAGGACUUUGGCCUCAAAGAGUUGGCCAAAGACACGGAUAUAGUGCAGGAGAUGCUCGAAGACAUGCAAGAUAUCUAUGCUCUGGAAACGCCUAAACCCACUGUAAGCUACACAGCGGCCAACAGCGCGGCGUCUGGCAGUCACAGCGGCGGCGAACAACAGUUGACACUCGUGUGGACCAAUCGGGUGGGGAUCGGAAAUCAGGGCCGGAUCUUCGGGUCGCCCUUCUCGACGCUGGUCUCGCGGGAGGCGUCACACAAACAAAUCCAAUUGGAUAUUCUGAACGCAAUGCGUUCACUACUCAAACACGACGUC